UUUUUUUUCUUGAAGCUUUCUCUAAGAUGGCUUAUCGAAUUUUCUUCAGGAUGGCUUAUCAUACUUUCCCACUUCUAUUUUUCUUUUGCUUCUUAUUCUCACCCCUCUGGAAUGUCUUAACAAUUCAGGCACAAAACGCUCCCGCAGCCAAUGGACAUCCCGUAUAUGCUCGCAUCGGCUCAAAGCUCUUUGUCCAGGGUGGUUCACACCUCGAAAAAAACAGCAAGUUUUACUCUUUAGACCUCUCAACGUCCUGGUCUGUUGAUAAAGCUCCUUGGACACUCCAAAACUUUGGAGUCUUCCCAAGCGAUCCAGGAUACACCGGUGUGGCUGAUAAUCACACUCUUUACGUGUUUAAUGGAGCAGGCUAUAUCAGCUAUCAUGUCAACUACAGUAACCCUAAUGGAAAAUGGAACAUACUGAAAACAGUUGAACCCCUGGAUUGCAAUCUCUACUCUCCAGUUUUGGACCCAAGGACAGGGCUGAUCUAUAGUGCUUCUGCUACUGAUGUCGGCAACUCCGUAUGUGUGUAUAAUUCGACUACUCGAGUCUGGAAAUAUAGCUAUGAUAUCCUCAACGGUACAUUGGAUGAUGACAAUUACGAUGGUGCUGUUUAUAAUAGCGCUUCAAAGUCCAUCCUGUUUGGAUACAGACGUUACGAGGACGAAGCGUUGCUGUACCUCACAGAAUACGUAAUCGACUUGAAUGCAUGGAUACAGGUUCCUGUAACUGGACAAUCUCCAACCAAAAGAGGAUUUAACUGCAUGGUCAUCAAUGAGGAUGCCACCAAGGUCGUUGUUUUUGGCGGCCGCACCCCCAAACCUGAUGAUCCUUUACAUCUUUAUGUUUAUUCUCCAGAGAUAUUUGUGUUGGAUCUCAAAACGAAAGUAUGGAAAAAAGGACCCAAUGCGCCUGAACCGCGCGCCUAUCCUGCUUGUGCCUUGGUUGGAGAUCAAUUCAUCGCUUGGGGAGGUGAACAUACUACGACUGAGCUUGCAACAAUCGCUGUAUUUGACGUGACCAAGUUUGCAUGGGUCAAAAACUUUACAGCUCCCAGCAAGCCACCAUCUACCACAGCUUCUUCUAUGGAUCCUUCUACAGCAUCUCAAAUGCCUUCAUCUACACCCACAUCGUUAUAUCCAGAACAGGAAAGCGAAUCUUCAGUCACCAAUGUUGGAGCCAUCGCAGGAGGGAUAGUGGGAGCCUUAGCCCUUGUAGCAAUUGCUGUAAUUGCAUUGAUCUACAGGCGACGAAAAGAACAGGAGGAGAAGACAGAAAAUUAUGACCAUUUUGAUGGCAAGGUCAUUGAGCAAGGAAACGCUUCCAGUAUGAGUCAAAGCCCGCCUGCAUAUGAAGGAUGCGACAAGAUCGAGCUCCCCUUCACUGGCCACACUCAUCCUCAUGCCUCUCAGACUAUGGCAUCAAUGUCUACACACACUCUUCAUGACCAACAUUCUCUGAGACAAAAUCCUCAGUAGCCGCUCUUCUUUUACACAUGGUACAGUGAAUUGUCCACUAUACGGACAGCUCCUGUUAAAAGAACGUAUAGAACACAAAAACCCCUGCAAUAGCUGUAUACUUCCCUAUACUCGUGUACAAGACAUGUUAAAUAAUAAUAAACACUAUCUACGAUACCAUACUAAGAUGCCACCAAU